CAUCGCUUAGAUUUAGGGCGAUAGUGUGCAUCACAGAUAUGAGAAGAAACUCCCCUCAAUCAAUAGGUCAAAGACAAAAACAUAGUACUAUUUACAUCUUAUUCCCUCCUUAACCAGUAUACCUUCCUGGUUAGAAGGAAUGCAACGAUGCAUCUCUCCUUAGUAUAAUGGUCGAAUACUAAAAGAAGCUAGAGUAAGGUCUAAUUGAAAAUGAAUAGAAUUCUUGUCGGCUUUACCAACUACUAAUUCUAGUGCAUGAAUGAACUCGUUACUUCGGUUUCAAUCUUUAAUGCUUUGAUGACUUCUGUUAAGUUCAAUAGAGAGAAUUCUAUUUAUUGGGCUCGAUUUGUGGAAGACUUUUUGAGAGACAAAGGCCUGUAUGAUCACCUAGUAUCAGAGAAGUCUAGGAAGACUGAUUCAUCUAUCUUUGGGAGGUAUUAUUAGGUCUUCCCUUCGGUAUGUGAUAUCAGUAUGUAAAGUUCAUUCCUCUCAAUAAGUCGAAUUACUAUAUAAAAAAGAUUUGUAAACCAUAGGACUUUUUGUUUGAGUAGGAAUAUUUAGGUUUUUCUCGUUCCUUCUCUUCGAUAAGAAUAUGAAUUUGAAAUGAUACAAAUUCCUCUUCAUUUUGGGGAUGGAAAGUUUGUCUUGUGUUAGAUUUGUUUCAUCGAUGGGUUGUCCAUGGGUCCUUUCUCAAGAAAGAUCAACCUAACAACAACUUCAUUCUUUUUCUAUGGAUAAACGACACCAUUCGAGUUCGGUUUCUCGAUUAAGAGGAUAAAAAGUACGAUUGAUAGAAUAAGGGGAUCGAACAAGUUGAUCGAGCUAGGGGAGUGAUUCAUCCUUCCCAAAUGCAGGAUACAACUCUCUGUUGUACUAUGCAGAGUAUCAAAAUGAAUCAAAAGUGGAACCACACUGAGAAUUAGUAGCAUAAACAAAGAUGGAUUUGUGAAUGAGAAAUAUAAGUUUUCUAUAUUCAUGUCAACUACAACCAUUGUCAGAAGAGAGAGCUUUAAUCUGUUUCCGUCAUCUUAGAGGAAAUCAUCUUAGAAACUUGGGCUAGACAAAACAAAGGUACUCUGAAGGUUAGCUAAUGAUAUUCUUUCUUCAAUGAAUUUCAGGUGUCCCCUUUUCUAGGUUUUCUUUUGCUCUACUUCUAAGGAUAGAUAGCUUAGGUUGGAUAUAAAUCCUUCUGCACAUGCCAUUUUAGGAUUCGACAAAAGGCUUCAAGCUCAACAAGGUGAUAGCUAUAUUAAGGAACAGGAACAUAUCCUACCCGCAUCACUUUCAUCUUGCCCUUUCACUCGCAUGCUUUCUAGCUGUAACUGUCUGCUGACUCGCUUCGUACAUUCUGCUCUCGCUCUCUCUGGGGAUUAUUCUAUUUCAACCCAGAAAAAGUAUGAAAAAGCCAGUUUGAUCUUGAGUGAUAGCUAUUUUAAGGGCUGUUCUCCCCUUGUGGUAGACUCUCAACUUCAAUGGAGAAAGAACAUAAGUGCCUUCAAAUAUUAAUUGUUGAAUUUCUUUAACUCGGUCUUUGCCAAGAGUAGGAUACCAAAAACAUAACACUAAAAACAAAUUUUCAACCUCGAUAGACUGGUGAGGCAAAGAUCAUCUUUCCAUAGCAAUUGCUUUCUUUCUGAUCUUCUACACUACUUCUUUCUGAAUGAGGCCCUAAGGUUAUCUUUUGUUUGAGCCGGUAGCUAAAAUAAAGUCCUCGCUUUCUCUUGAACAAGGGAAGGGCAGCAUAGUAUUAACUUCAAUUAAAGAAGCUCAACCUUGAAAAAGAAAGGUGGUAGGCCGAAGAACUGUUGAAGGCUUCAACUUGGCCACUGAAGAAGCUAAAGGGCUGUUCUCCUCAAACAAUAAGUGGGAAAGGGCUCCUAAUGGCACAACUGACAGUUUGAUCUCUCCCUCCAUUUGCUUUCCAGGCAGAUGAGGCUUUUUUGAUUAUCCUAAUCAUGCGAUGAGCGUAACUAAAGCAUUUAUGAAACUGUCAGAUGGAUUCACUCAUCUAUUCUAGUAGGAAUGAGGGAACGGACUCAUCGCUCUCUCCCCAUAGCCCAAAAAGAGUGGGGGAGAGAGCAUAUGAGGUAGUGAUCGAAUGAGACAAUCAAUCUAUGAAGUCCGAGUACUACAGAGAUCAUUGAAUUGCUGGAGUUUGACUCUGACUUUGUUAACUCCCUCUUAAGUGAGUGAAGUGACCCAUCUAAAUGGGAUGUCAAGUUGUAGAGUUAAUGGUGAACUUCAUCUACCAAUAAUGGUUUUGCUAAAUGCUAUUUUUAACAUUAUGUAUGAAGGUGGUCUACACACUUUCUAAUAUUGUGCAUCGAGAUGAGCAAGCAAAAAUUGUGAUUUAGCAAUGCCUUCUUGUAAUCCAUAACUUUGACAAUGCAAUUUCAAUGUCUUUCUCAAGAGUUUCUAUUCUGUCCCCUGAUUAGCGAUAAAGAAACUACAUCUUUUUAGUUCUUAGUCAUAUAAUUGGCACUUUUAGCUUCUGAAACUAUUGAAACUUCUACUAUCUCUUAUUUCCUGUCUUCACUAAUGUUAAUUCUUAGAGACACAUACGAUAUUAGUUUUUUUUUUUUUUAGAAGGAAAUUGUAGAUUGUGAAGUUGGCUCUAUGGAGUACUAUUAUAGAGAGUAAAUAGACAUUAUAACUUCACUGUUGACCUUAAGUGACUGUAGUAUAUGGUGUUUGUCCUUAUGCUUGUCAUGCUGGAAGGUGCAGUGACUCUGGAUGUAUUUCUUAACGACCACUGGGAGGAGGACUUCCCAGAGGACCCAACUGGGAAUUUUGAAGCAUUCAAACAUUUUGUCAAAAGAAACUUUGAGAUGUGCAAAUGGAUUGCCUUGUCUGUUGUAGCUGUACAGGGACUAUGUUUGUUAUUGGCUAUGAUUCUUAAAGCUCUUGGGCCACAUCCUGAAACAUACUAUGAGAGUGAUGAUGAUUAUACUCCAGACAGUGUUCCCCUCUUGAGGAAUUAUGUCCCUCCACCUUCUUAUGUUGUUGGUGACCCCCUCUAUGGCCCCAAGAAUGGUUCGUGGAAUAUAAGCAUCAAACAGUAA